AUGAAACAAGAGAAAAAUAUUAUAGUUUUCACUCAACAAGACUUUUAGUCUAAUUUCUUAGUGAACCCGAAUCCUCCUUUAGGUUCAGGUCACGAUGCCAAAGUUUACUUGGCAAUGCAUAAACGUACUGGUGAAAUGUUUGCCCUCAAAGUGCUUACAUCUAUAACACCAGAUCAUCUCAACAAUCUCUAGGUUUUUAUUUUGUAUUUAUUUAGUGAACGAAAUCAAAAUUCUUAAAUUAAUAGAUCAUCCCGGUAUUGUUCAAAUAAAAGGUCAUGCUCAAGAUUAUACAUGUGUUUUGUUGGAGU